AUAUUAGCGUAACAAUAGACGAACAGACAUAGGACAUACUCAGUGCGAUUGGUUGCACUUCGGUACCCGUAUUUAAACUUCCUGGUUGGGUAGUCAGUUGACGUGUAUUAAGCUGGUUCCACCAUUUAACCGUUUAUACAACGUAACCAUGUUCGAAAUACGACAGUUUUGCGUGUUACUUACUCUACUGAGUAUCAGCAGAUUUGCAGACGCCGUUAUGUGUUAUUCGUGUGCGUCCUCCAGUGCGGAUAAUCCAUGCCUAGUAAAUUGGAAGGCUCUUAGGAACUCCAGAAUCGACGUCGAGACCGACAAUGUGUUGAAUGCAAAUGUGAAAAACUGUAGUGGUGCUGAGACGUAUUGUUCAAUAGAGAAAAUAGAAAGCAGAGGUGCCCUUGUGUCAUACAUCCGAGGUUGUUCCGACGGCACCUCGUUUUCCGCUUCCCUUUCCAAGUUUCGUGAUCUACCCGCUGACAAUCAAACAGCGUGCGGCUACCAGCUCUCUGGCUACCUCAUCUGCAUAUCUCUGUGCAGAGGCAAUUUCUGUAAUGGACCUACAGCGACGGCAGCUGGAUUCACACCAAAUAUGAUUUUACUUGUGUUAUUGUUUCCUGUUUUUCGCCUAUAUAAACUUUCGUUUGCAUGACAUAGCAAAGCAGUCGACUAAAACCGUUACCGUGGUCGUAAAGGAAUACCAGAAAAUCUCUUCUGAUGUGUCAUGUCUUUUUCACGAUACCUUAUGAUUAAACAUAUAUUCAUGUCAUCCUGAAAUAACUCAACACUUAUAAGAGUACAAGUAUUACCAAAUCGGGCAAAAUUAGUAAUGCACGACAUUAAAUGCAUACAUUUAUCGUAGCCAAGGGACAUGAGAGGAAAAUGCUGCCUAAAUGACAAUCUGACACAUGCGGUAUAACCCUGGAACACGCACAAUAUUUAAGCAACAACGAACAUGGUCGAUGGUUGAACGAGAGCCCAACCACACGUUACAAUUGGUGGCAGCGGUGGGACCCGAGGUACAGGAUUCUCAGGAUUUCAAAUACCUUAAAUUGUCACGGAGGGUAAAUAGUUUGGCAGCCAAGGAGUAUGAUGGAGAACAUUAUCCAGCGAUUUUAAAUUGGUUAUAGCAGUUCGAACUAGAUCAUAUAUAUAUAUAUAUCGAAUAAAUCUUGUGUUCACAUAAGUGUCCGACUGUGUUUCUGGAGUAUUGCUUGCUCAAGUCUUUAAUCAAUUUAGAUUAACAAUGUAUAGCAGAUUAAUGGCAUUCAUGGAACAGUUUUUAAUGUUGUCUCAUUGUAGCGGUAUCUUAUAUAUGUUUUUAGCUCAACUUGUCCAAAGGACCAAGAUGAGCUUAUACCAUACCGGUGCGUCCGUCGUCCGUCCAUUCAAACGGAUUCUUAAUCGCUGAUUAGAAAUUAACCCGAUUCCACAGGUAAUAUCCAUAGGCGGUGUUCAUAAUUGCACAAAUGGAGAGGAUAACCCCCUGGGGCUGAGUGCUGGGACCCAAAAGAGACAAUUUGGUCUUCUCGGGUGGAGGGGAUUCAAAAUAAUACAUAUUGGUACCGACUCUUCGGAAGGCUGAGCCAAAAAGGGCUGAUUUGGCCAUAUUACUUAAAAGUGAUGUCUUCUUUGUAAUCAUUUGAUGGAUAUCAACCAUAUCUGCAUUGAAACAUUCCAAGGAAGCGGGAAUUCAAAAUUGUAAAAAGGUUAAGGGCUGAUCCCCAAAGCUGAAAGCAAAAGAGGCUUUUAUUUGGAAAUAAUGAAUAUUCAUUCAUAUUCAAUUGCUGAAUAGAAAAAGAAUACACAUAUGCUUCCAGGGUGAGCAAUACAGGCCCUCUGGGACUCAUUUCUUUUGUUACGUGUAUAUUUCGUCAUUCAUGUAUGAUUAUCAUAAGCAGGAAAAAGUAUUAUCAAAUUCAUGUGUCAAAAAUGUCCAAGUAGUUUUCUGUCCAAUAUUUUUCUAUUAUAAUAAAAUUAUUUUGAACACCUAUUUAUUGCUUUGUUUAAACGUUUACCGACUUGUAAAGAGUAUUUAUUAAUUUAUAUAUGUAUAACUUUUUAAAUGCGCAUUCAUUCAUAUCAAUAAAUGUUCUCUGAAA